CUCGGGGUGGGCGGGUGCAGAGAAGAUGGCGGAGAGCGGCGCUGAUGGUGCGGCCUCCGGUACUACCGGGCCGGCUCCGGGAAAAGGACUUAUUCGUGUCACCGUCAAAACGCCCAAGGACAAGGAAGAGAUUGUUAUUGGGGAAACGGCGUGCGUGCUGGAGUUCAAGGAAGAGAUCUCCAGGCGGUUCAAAGCGAAACGGGAUCAGCUGGUUCUGAUCUUCGCCGGGAAGAUCCUGAAAGACGGAGACACACUGAACCAGCACGGCAUCAAAGAUGGCCUCACCGUACAUUUAGUCAUCAAGACAGCGCAGAAAUCCCAGGAUCCAUCCGUGGCUUCCUCUGCCCCUGUCGCUGCCUCUUCCAACUCCCCCUCACAGGCAGGGAACACUACCUCCCAGGCACCCCCUACUGGCAGCAGCCCCUCUGAGGGGAGCGGAGGAACCAACAGGGCGAGUAGUUCCAGCACUGCUGCAAAUGGAACCCCAGCUGCCCCCAACCUCCUGUCUGGAUUUGGAGGUUUGGCCGGCCUGGGCAAUCUGGGCAUGGGCUCCGCCAACUUCAUGGAGCUGCAGCAGCAGAUGCAGCGACAACUCAUGUCCAACCCUGAGAUGCUGUCCCAGAUUAUGGAGAACCCCCUGGUGCAAAACAUGAUGUCUAACCCCGACCUUAUGAGGCAGAUGAUCAUGGCCAACCCACAGAUGCAGCAGCUCAUGGAGAGGAACCCGGAGAUCAGCCACAUGUUGAACAACCCAGAGCUGAUGAGGCAGACUAUGGAGUUGGCCCGAAACCCUGCUAUGAUGCAGGAGAUGAUGAGGAACCAGGACCGAGCCCUCAGCAACCUAGAAAGCAUCCCUGGUGGAUACAACGCUUUGCGCCGAAUGUACACAGACAUCCAGGAACCAAUGUUCAGCGCAGCUAGAGAACAGUUUGGCAAUAACCCCUUUUCUGCGUUGGCUGGGGGGUCAGAGGGCUCCGCCUCACAGCCAUUGCGCACAGAGAACAGGGAGCCCCUCCCCAAUCCCUGGAACCCCGCCUCGCCCUCUUCCCAAAACCAGACGCCCAGCAGCGACAGCAACACCGGCUCCACCACCACCACCACCAGCCAGAGCACCCCGACCGUGUCAAAUCCCCUUGGCGUCAACGCUGCCAGUCUGGGAACAGGCAUGUACAAUAGCCCAGAAAUGCAAGGCCUGUUGCAGCAGAUCACCGAAAACCCCCAGUUAAUACAGAGCAUGAUUUCUGCCCCCUACAUGCGGAGUAUGAUGCAAGCCCUGGCACAGAACCCCGAAUUUACUGCCCAGAUGAUGGGGAACAUUCCACUCUUCUCUGGAAACCCGCAGCUACAGGAACAGCUCCGACACCAGCUGCCAGUCUUCCUGCAGCAGAUGCAGAACCCAGAAUCUAUCUCAGUAAUGAGCAACCCCAGGGCGAUGCAGGCGCUGCUCCAGAUCCAACAGGGACUUCAGACUCUGCAGACGGAGGCCCCAGGCCUGCUAUCCAACCUUGGUUCCGUUGGCAUUCCUGGGGUGCCACCCACGUCUGGCGGAAGCACACCCCCUGAUAACCCCGCCUCCUCCACGCCAUCAAGUGCCUCUCCAUCAGGGGGCAGCAGCAAUCCCCAGCAACAGAUGAUGCAGCAGAUGAUCCAGCUAUUGGCCGGGGGUAAUUCUCAGGUGCAGAACCCCGAGGUCCGUUUCCAGUCUCAGCUGGACCAGCUAAAUGCCAUGGGGUUUAUCAACCGGGAAGCGAAUCUGCAAGCCCUCAUAGCCACCGGCGGCGACAUCAACGCAGCCAUCGAGAGACUGUUGGGCUCCCAGCCCUCCUAAGGAGAGAGCGAGAGCGAGAGCUUUGGCCCAAAUCUACAGGAACACAUUCUCCCUGACUCACCAUCCAGGUUGCCGAACGUGCCCCAUCAGCGAGCAUCAUGGGACGUGGCGCAUUGCUGCUUUAUUGGACUGCUCCUUUUGGAUUCCAGACGACAUGAGGAUGCUCUGCGGUGUGGGCAGUACCUGUAACAUCUCCCCCCCCCCCCCUUCAUCCUGAGGGCCAAUGCCAGCCAAUAGGAUAUGUCCCUCUAUUACAGGUCACCCCCCAGCGCCGCUUACCUUCCUGAUGGCAACAUGCUGUUAAUAAACAACCCAUAAACCAAGCCGACUACAUAGCAACAUUUGCUCGUAUCUGCCCUGUAAUAACUAUUUAACUCACUAAUCCCCGGAUCAAUUCACUCAGCUCAAAUGGUGGUCUCAGUUAUGUAGGAUUUUUUUUCUCCCCUCUUUAAUUUUUUUUUCCUUUUUUUUUUUUUUUGCCUUUAAUCCCCCCCCACCCCCCCGUUGGCCUAAUGAAUUGGAGCUGUAUUUUCAUUAGAUUGAUUUUUAACAAUAAAUCAACGAGUUUUAUUUUUCCCC